AUGACAAAUCAACCGAUGAGGUUGCAGCAGCUUCAGGGAUCCCAUCCCAGCUUCCUCCACUAUAACCAACAACAGCCCAAAUGGACCAGAUGGCCCAGCCCUCCUCCGGUUCAACUUCAACAACGUUUGACCACAGCAACAACAUUGUGGAGAACAAAUUCAAUUUCAGGCAGCGGCCCGCAGCUGAUACGAUCUGGUACAGUGCGCCCUAUCUUACCAAAAGAUGCAGCCUCGGUUAUGGAGUCGGAAGGCUACGUGUUGCUGGACGUUAGGCCGGAGUGGGAGAGAGAGAAGGCAAGUGUUUCGGGUUCAAUUCACGUGCCUUUGUUCGUUAAGGAUUUGGAUAACAGCCCUUUAACUCUGCUCAAGAAAUGGGUGCAUUUUGGGUACAUUGGCCUCUGGACUGGCCAAAAUUUCACCAUGAUCAAUCCGGAUUUUGUUGAUCAAGUUGAGAAACUAGUUCCUGAUAAAGAUACCAAGGUCAUUUUGGCUUGUGGUGAAGGUCUAAGGUCAACAAUGGCCGUUUCAAAAUUACAUCAACAUGGAUACAAGAAUUUGGGAUGGUUAGCUGGUGGAUUUAGUCGGGCUUCAGAUAAUGACUUCCCAGCCGUUGAAGGACCUGAGAAGUUGCAAUAUGCAACCAUUGGAGGUGCAUCCUACUACUUCCUUAAAUUGCUGAUUCUGUUGCAAGCUGUAGGAAAAGAAAGUUAG